AUGACGACCUCAGGCCUCACCUUCAGUCCUAUCCCCUUGCCACCUUCGGCCAACCCAAAGUACUUUACAGAAUUUGGUAGGAAGGUAGAUGGGUUCGAUCCUUCCCAAAUGACUGAAUCGCAGAAGCAGGAGAUCAUCGACAACCUGUACAAGCAUUCAGUACUUUUGUUCAAGAAUACCAAAAUCACACCUGAACAGCAGUACGAAUUAACACAUUCGUUCGAUCCCGCUGCCGAUACCUACGGACCGAUACCUACGGACACGACUAUCCCUAGACAACCUCAGGUGCAACUUAUAGGAAAUGGUAAAGUACCUGGUGAAUAUGAGGGACUAGAUAGUCCCCAACUCAAACAUCCUCAUCACAAGACUUUCCAUAAGACUCCCGUAUCGGAAGAGGAUGAAGAUAAGGGUAUCACCAGGUUUUAUAGAUGGCAUAUCGAUGCAGCUCUAUAUAAUCUGUCUCCACCUAAAGUCACCUCUCUAUGGGCAGUAAAAGUACCCCAAGGACACACGCAGAUCUGUAGAUACGAUGAUGGGACCGGUGAUGAGCUGCCUGUACCUCUAGGUACUACUGCUUUCGUAAGCGGCAAGAACAUGUUCGAUAUCUUAUCUCCUGAACUCCAGUCUUUGGCUGUUCGAACUAAAGUCAGAUACGCACCUCAUCCUUACGUAUGGAUGUCGAAAGCACAUGCGUUACCCACUGGAUUAGGGAUAGAGAAUGAAGGGCUUGAGCUGGACUUGGAAGAGUUGCCGGAGUGGGAGGAAAGUAAGAUUAAGACGUUCCCCGUGUGCUGGAAAAACCCCGUGACCGGCUCACUACACAUUCAGGUCCAUCCUUGCGGCGCUCACCAACUUCUGAUCGAUCCUCUCCAUCCGAACGCAACCAAGGCGAACGCUCUUUAUCCAGACGGAGCUCACAUCACCGAUCUAACGAAGGUGCGAGAAAUUCUGUACACGUUGCAAAGGCCCGGUAUCGCUCCUGAAUUAGUCUACCCGCAAGAUUGGGAAGAAGGCGAUCUGGUUUUGUUCCAUAAUCGAGGUUUACUUCACUCGGUCGUGGGAGCGUUCAAAGAGGAUCAAUUGAGAAUGUUUCAUCAGUGUAAUCUUGCUGCGUCAGAUGAUCCUAUUGGACCCAAUGAUCAAGAUGUCAAGCAAUAUGCUUAG